AUGGGGCUGCUUAUUCAAAUACCGCGGCUGCUAUGGUGCUGCUUAUUCAAAUACCGCGGCUGCCAUGGAGCUGCUUAUUCAAAUACCUCGGCUGCUAUGGGGCUGCUUAUUCAAUUACCGCGGCUGCAAUGGUGCUGCUUAUUCAAAUACCUUGGCUGCUAUGGGGCUGCUUAUUCAAAUACCGCGGCUGCUAUGGUGCUGCUUAUUCAAAUACCGCGGCUGCUAUGGUGCUGCUUAUUCAAAUACCGCGGCUGCUAUGGUGCUGCUUAUUCAAAUACCGCGGCUUCCAUGGUGCUGCUUAUUGAAAUACCGCGGCUGCUAUGGUGCUGCUUAUUCAAAUACCGCGGCUGCUAUGGUGCUGCUUAUUCAAAUACCGCGGCUGCUAUGGUGCUGCUUAUUCAAAUACCGCAGCUGCAAUGGUGCUGCUUAUUCAAAUACCGCGGCUGCCAUUGUGCUGCUUAUUCAAAUACCGCGGCUGCCAUGGAGCUGCUUAUUCAAAUACCGCGGCUGCCAUGGUGCUGCUUAUUCAAAUACCGCGGCUGCCAUGGUGCUGCUUAUUCAAAUACCGCGGCUGCUAUGGUGCUGCUUAUUCAAAUACCGCGGCUGCUAUGGUGCUGCUUAUUCAAAUACCGCGGCUGCCAUGGUGCUGCUUAUUCAAAUACCGCGGCUGCCAUGGUGCUGCUUAUUCAAAUACCGCGGCUGCCAUGGUGCUGCUUAUUCAAAUACUGCGGCUGCUAUGGGGCUGCUUAUUCAAAUACCGCGGCUGCCAUGGUGCUGCUUAUUCAAAUACCGCGGCUGCUAUGGAGCUGCUUAUUCAAAUACCGCGGCUGCUAUGGUGCUGCUUAUUCAAAUACCGCGGCUGCCAUGGUGCUGCUUAUUCAAAUACCGCGGCUGCCAUGGUGCUGCUUAUUCAAAUACCGCGGCUGCUAUGGUGCUGCUUAUUUAAAUACCGCGGUAGCUAUGGUGCUGCUUAUUCAAAUACCGCGGCUGCUAUGGUGCUGCUUAUUCAAAUACCGCGGCUGCCAUGGUGCUGCUUAUUCAAAUACCGCGGCUGCUAUGGUGCUGCUUAUUCAAAUACCGCGGGAGCCAUGGUGCUGCUUAUUCAAAUACCGCGGCUGA